UGUAACGCUAUCUUCAGCCUUUUUUUUUUAAUUUAUUUUUUCAGGCUUCGUCAAUCUCGACGGAUAUUCCGUUGGAACUAAACUAGUCUUAAAUGGAAGAGCGUAGUAGAUAGUUUCGGAUCUGAGAUGGGUCUCGUAGAUUUUACCUUACAAUUAUCAUACUAAUCAUUCUCCUCUUCUCAAGCUUUGAUUUUUCUUUUCCAUCUUUGUUUUUGUUUUUUUUUUGUUCUUUUCUUUAUUUAAAAAAAAAAAAAGUUUUAUUUUUCGUUAUUUUAAGCUUAGUUUAUUGUCCAAUUCUGACACCAUGAGGAAGAAGCUCGAUACCCGUUUUCCAGCAGCUCGCAUCAAAAAGAUAAUGCAGGCUGAUGAGGAUGUUGGGAAGAUUGCAUUGGCAGUUCCUGUUUUAGUCUCGAAGGCAUUGGAGUUAUUUCUACAAGACCUUUGUGAUCGUACAUAUGAGAUAACUCUUCAAAGAGGAGCAAAGACCAUGAAUUCGUUGCAUUUAAAACAUUGUGUACAGAGCUACAAUGUGUUUGAUUUUUUGAGGGAUAUCGUCAGCAGGGUUCCGGACUAUGGUCACGGUCAUUCUGAUGCUGCUGGUGAGGAUCGAGCCUACACAAAGAGAAGGAAAGCUGCUGGUGAUGAAUGCAAUGACAGUGAUGAAGAGCUGAAGAGGAGCAAGAUGCUUGAGAUGACCCAUGGCAGUAGUAGUGGCAGAGGAAGAGGUAGGGGUAGAGGCCGAGGACGCGGGCGAGGUCGCACCUUAGAAAGGGAGACUUCUCACCUUGAUCCAGAAUCUGAACCCUGCUCAUCUCCUCAGUAUGGUACCAAACCAAGUACAAUCCUUGGAGCACCUGUGGACAAUGCUACUGAUGUCAAGGACCCGUUGAAGGAAAAUACCAGUACUGGUGAUGAAACCAUCCCGAUUGACCCAACUUCUCGGAACUUUGACCUGAACGCUGAUGUAAUUGAUUCAGCAAACGAUGAAAAGAAGGCAGCUGCAGCUGCCGCAGCUGCAGCGGUGACAGCAACAGCGGUUACAGCUGGGGCAACGGCAGCAGUAGCAGCAGCAGGAACUGCCCAAGCCCCAUUGGCAGGAACUUCUGAAACCAAACAUGAAGAAUACCCUGGUUGGUCUCUUCCUGAGAUGGAUCAUAUGGCAAUUGACCCUAUUCAACUUGCGCAUCUUAGCACAAGGUUAGAUCAGGAAGACGAAGAUUAUGAUGAAGAAGGGUAGUGUGACGAAGUACUUAGUAGAUGCUUAAGAAGUAGUUGUGGGGAUCGAAAUUAAUAGGAAACUCAAGAGAACGCACCAAUAAAAUUACAUAUGCGUGCGUACAAAAGAAAUCAUUGUAUGGAAAAUGUGCCCUCUAGCCUUGUAUCUUUCCUCUCUUUCUCACUCUCUUACUCAACCUUUAAUCCAUAAGAACAAAUUUGGUAUGAUAGCUUUUACUGACAGUUGUAGAGGUCUUUAGCCUCAGCACUCAGAAUUAUCUUUUAGAAGAGUAGACUAAGCAUGGUAAGAUCAGUAAUGGUGGUGAUGAUGGCCCCUUCUGAAAUACCCUUGUGAUUUAUGAAAUUAUUAUGUUUUUUCUGAA